CCUCGCGAUACUUCGGCGGCGCAGCAAUGGCGCGAGCAUGCCGCGUCACUGCUCCGCCGCCGGCUGCUGCACACGGGACACACGCGAGACGCGCAACCGCGGCAUCUCUUUCCACAGGCUCCCCAAGAAGGACAAUCCAAGGCGGGGCUUGUGGCUGGCCAACUGCCAGCGGCUCGACCCCAGCGGCCAGGGCCUGUGGGACCCGGCGUCCGAGUACAUCUACUUCUGCUCCAAGCAUUUCGAGGAGAACUGCUUUGAACUGGUGGGAAUCAGUGGGUAUCACAGGCUGAAGGAGGGAGCAGUUCCAACGAUAUUUGAGUCUUUUUCCAAGUUGCGUCGAACAACCAAGACCAAGGGGCACAGUUACCCCCCUGGCCCCCCUGACGUUAGCCGGCUCCGGCGAUGCAGGAAGCGCUGCUCUGAGGGCCGAGGGCCCACAAUUCCAUUUUGCCCACCUCCACCUGCUGACAUCACCUGCUUUCCUGUGGAAGAGGCCUCAGCACCUGCCGCCUUGCCUGCCUCCCCCACUGGGAGGCUGGAGCCUGGCCUCAGCAGCCCCUUCUCAGACCUUCUGGGGCCCCUGGGUGCCCAGGCAGAUGAAGCAGGCUGCAGCACCCAGCCUUCACCUGAGCGGGAGCCAGAGCGACAGCCAUCUCCGUUGGAGCCAAGGCCUGUCUCACCCUCGGCCUACAUGCUGCGCCUCCCACCACCCGCCGGAGCCUAUAUCCAGAAUGAGCACAGCUACCAGGUGGGCAGCGCCCUGCUCUGGAAGCGGCGGGCUGAGGCUGCACUCGAUGCCCUGGACAAGGCCCAGCGCCAGCUGCAGGCCUGCAAGCGGCGGGAGCAGCGGCUGCGGCUGCGGCUGACCAAGCUGCAGCAGGAGAGGGCACGGGAAAAGCGGGCACAGGCCGAUGCCCGCCAGACUCUGAAGGAGCACGUGCAGGACUUUGCCAUGCAGCUGAGCAGCAGCAUGGCCUGAGUGAGGGCCGCCUGGCAGGGCUUCAGCCUCUUUCUCCCUCAGUAUCCAGUUUGAGAGGAUCUGAUCAGAGCUGUGUCCACCAGCCUUGCCAGAUGCCAUAAUAAAGUGGAUUCUAG